AUGACACUCCUAAAACCCCACAGCCCUAAAGAGCAUCCCGACAACCCCGCAGGGCGCCCAACCCAAGCAGCAAACGCCCCCAAAACAUGCACCCAAUGCGACUGCCUGACAGAUUACUCUCCACUAGGGAAAGGAUAUGACCAAACCAAAGAGGUCCUCGACGGGUACCGUAGCUUCUGCUUCCAUGAGCCAUGCGAGAGAUGCUCCCGGGUCCCGGAUCACACACCCCGACUGUGCGAAGGAUGCGCGCACAUGAGACUAGGGCAUAUCAUGCGAUGUGGGAUGUACGAAGAGCCAUCUGCAAGGUGGAAAAGCGAGGAUGCAAAUCGGGAAGCUGUAAAUAAGAUGGGCGUCUGCUGUCUGCGACUCUCUCUGGGUACCGUCAAGGGGUUGCAAGAGAGAGCGGAACGGUGCAGUAUCUGCAGCAUGUUUUCCAGCGCUGCAGAGCAGAUCGGCGAUUUUGACGAUGAUGCAAUUGCGGAAGUGGUGAUCUACUCAUUUAGAGAGUAUUUUAAGAUGAAGGAAGAUAUAGCACUUACUGUCUGCUUCAAGGAUGAGUGUACUCAAGACUCAGAAGGAAACAAAUGGUAUGGCCGCGGCCAGUUUGCUCGUUUCCAUGCCGGGAUGGUUGGCACUGCCACUGGGGAUCAGUUGGUUCAGCUACGAAGCCCUCCGCCAGCAGUGCAGUGGGACAAAGUCUCUGGCUGGUUAGAACAGUGCCGCCUGAAAAAGAGAUACAUGUGUCGACAGGAAAUCCUCGAUCCACAACCGCUCGGAUUCCGACUGAUCGAUACUCUCAAAAAAUGUGUCUUGCGAGCUCCUCCUCGCUGCCAAUAUGCCGCCUUGAGCUAUGUCUGGGGAGGCGGCUCUGGGCCCGACCUCGAAGCAACAGCGGAUAACAUCGCGACUCUUGAACAGGAAGGCUCUUUGCUCCAGUCUCUCCCACAAACCAUUGAAGAUGCGAUCUUCGCCUGCGCAAAGCUGGGAGUCCGUUAUCUGUGGGUCGACCGCCUCUGCAUCUUGCAGGAUGAAGGCUCUAAGGCCGAGAAGAUGGCCCAGAUCCACGCCAUGGGUGAUAUUUACCGCUGUGCCCUCGUGACUCUGGUUGCCAUGGCAGGCGAGGGAGUCGACUAUGGGCUGUCCGGGGUUUCGAAACGAGAGCGUCCAGCGCCGUGGAUAACCCAGAUCGGCGAGGCGCACAUUCUAAGGUCGCCCCCGACAAGCCACAUAUUCAUACAGCGCGCAAAAUGGUACACGCGAGGUUGGACCUACCAAGAGUCCAAGCUGUCCUCUCAUGAGUUGAUGUUCACUGACAUCGGAGUAUUUUAUGACUGUUCGAAGGAAAACGCUGAAGUUGAAGACGAGCUGAUGCAGGACUCUGCGAAGAUGGGAGACGAAUCGAACUACCAGCAACAGGUCAAGGCGUUCACCAAGAGGUCGCUCACCUUCGAAUCGGACAUCCUGUACGCCAUGUUGGGUGUAUUAAACUCGCUGUAUGGGUCCGACCAUCUGUCCGGCAUCCCGGUAAGGGAAUUCGACCAUGCUAUCCUAUGGAUGACCGCCAACGGGUCCCUCCAGCGUCGGCUCCCGCCCAACGGAGAGGUCUUCCCUUCAUGGGCCUGGUGCUCCGCUCGAGGUCCCAUCACGAUCCCCGAUCAAGGGAACCUCAGUAUUACCAUUGCCGCAGAAUCGUUCGCACUCUGGACCAUGGCCGGGUCUCUUGCCACCUGGGCCGUUGCUUCAGACGGCACUGCCACAGAUGGGCUACGCAUCUUGAACCCCAGUUUCAAAGACCCGGCCAACGACACAUACGACCAGAACUAUCGACAUUUUGCCGAACUGGCCAUAAUCACAGCCUGGAGGGAGGGUUGUUAUCCGAGCCGACCACCCCCUGAGCUCAGUGCCAGCGCGAGCUGGGACGAAUCUCUCAAAUUAGUGACUUCGAAAUGGACAUCCCUCCCCACCCUGGCACUGGAUGCUCUUGGGGUCGGGACUCACCCACCGCAUGAUCCGGCUCGGACCACAAUCUGCGACGGACUAGACAUUGAAGUCGCAUCUCAACCCGGCCGAGUCAUCGCUUACUCUCAAGCCCUAUCGCUCCACGUGGUCCCACCAACAGGUUCAAACGGCUACUUCUGUCUCCGGACCGAGACUGGCAACGUCGCUUUCGUCGCUCCCCGUACCGCAGACGAGCAACAGCUCCGCGAUGGUCCUCAGACACUGGACGUGUUUGCGCUGUCCCUCGUGUAUGCGUGCGCCGAGGAUCUAGAGCACAGUGACUUCCGAACGAGUGGGUUUAUGGACGACCCCACCGUGCUCCGCUGGCCUGAUGGGAAGGGAUCUCCUCUGCGUGGAGACUCCCCGAUCGGUAUCGAGUCGGACUUUACGUUCAUCGUGAAUCUUAUGGUUGUCGCGACGCGAGACGGGAUCAGUACGCGAGUUGGAUUGGCGCGGACUUUUCUACGGACGUGGGUGCAGGCUGGGCCUCAAUUUCAGCGGUUUAUCAUUGAAUAA